AUGUCCACCACCUUGGAGCGACCGCCCACCAGCAACUCGCGAUUCGAGGAGGGACACCCUCAGCACACAUGGUAUCACGAUGCCUUCGCACCCAUCAUCGAAGUCUGGCUGUGGCUCAAGUCUAUCGUUCCGACGAGACUCAAGCUUAAGUGGCCAAAGUUCAACUUCAUCGCCGUUCACUAUGGCUACAUGAUCGGUAUGACAGCCUUCUUCUCCAUCCUGCUCUUCGGAAACCACCCGAAAGGCAUUGGCAUGCAGUACAUCGACGCUCUAUUCUUCGCCGCUGGUGCAGCCACCCAGUCUGGAUUGAACACUAUCGAUGUCAACAAUCUCAGCACAUACAAUCAAGUCGUCAUCAUGUUGGGAUGCUGCUUAUGCACUCCGGUAUUCAUAAACACCAUCGUCGUGCUGGUGCGACUUUACUGGUUCGAGAAGAGAUUUGAGCAUAUUGUCAAGGAAGCACGAGCAGUGAAGAAGUCGGGCACAAUCAGUCGAACCAAAAGUCAGAUGCGAGGCGACAAAGAGAAGGAUCCGGGAGCAUUGGAGGUGGGAUCCGUCAGACAAAAGCCCAUCGAGGUUCUGAAGAAUACCUUGCAGUUCAGCGCAGACACAUCGAAGGAUCCCAAAAAGCAAGAAGAAGCUAGGAGGUUUAGGGAGAAGAUGGGUCUGCAGGCAUCAGAUGGCAGUACAGAUGCAACACCGCAGGAAAGUCAGAGUGGCAGCAGUAGUAGUAAUACUGGUGAGCCAAGCGACUCGAACGAAACGAUUGGCGUGCCCGAGAUAUCGGUCAGGAAGGCGUCAAGAGGCAUGUCCAUCGAGAUGCCUCCUGCACCGAUAGACUUCGAGCGCCCACAGACACCUCGAACACCGCAGUCGCCCUUCAUGGGUCUCAAUCCUCGCCUGAACCGUGAUCGCGAGAUCACAUUCGCAGAUGAAGUGAAUACCGGCCGACAGUCUCCAGAGCUGGCGCGGAUACCGGAGCAUCGCGACAUCUCGAGACAUAUUGAGUUCCUGGAACGACAGAAUCAGAAACGAAAUGAAGCCGGUGCACUGCGCAUCCCCGGACCACGAGAGCGAGAUGCUGGCGAAGAUGUCAAACAGCUGGAAGAAGACCGAGAGUUACGUCGGUUGCGAACGAACUUGUCUAACGCGGAAAGUGCACGAAGCCGUAGUGUCGAUGCUCACAGCGAGAUCUCACACGACGAUCGGCCUGUGAGACGUGGUAUCACUAUUGAUGAGCCCGAACAUCCCGCCCAUCGUGACCGGAACGACGACGACGCAACUUUCACCAAGGACGAUCCGAGAGCCGGUGGCCUGUCUAAGCGUAGGAGCAAUCGCGGAUUCAACCUCAGCGAUGCACCUCGCACACUCUCGAGAAGCCUCACACAAUUCACCAACGGCCGGAAGGACGAAGACCCUAUGCCAUAUUUAAGCUGGAGUGCAACGACCGGCCGCAACAGCGCUUUCUUGGGUCUGACCCAGGAACAGCGAGAAGAACUUGGCGGCAUUGAGUAUCGAUCCUUGAAGACUCUUGCCAUGAUUCUGGUCUGUUAUUACGUCGGCUUUCACACUCUCGGCAUGUUGGUCUUCCUGCCGUGGAUGGCCGCUGGACACUAUGCCGACGUAGUCACAGCAGCAGAUCAAAACCCCCUCUGGUGGGGCAUUUUUACGCCAGCGUCAAUGUUCAACGAUUUGGGCUUCACACUCACCCCGGACUCUAUGGUCUCCUUCCAGACGUCGGUCUUGACGCUACUGUUCGGCUCCUUCCUCAUCAUCAUUGGCAACACUGGCUUUCCAUGCAUGCUACGUUUCAUCAUCUGGUUCCUGGCCAAGUUCGUUGCGAGUCACGGGAGUCCAUGGUGGGAAGAGCUUCGGUUCCUCCUCGACCACCCACGCCGAUGCUUCACGCUGCUGUUUCCGUCUAAGGCUACUUGGUGGCUCUUUUGGGUGCUCGUUGGGCUCAACGUUAUCGAUCUGAUCUUCUUCGUCAUCCUCGACUUGGACGAAGCCGCGGUCACAUCGUUGCCUGUCGGGCUGCGAAUACUGAACGGCUGGUUCCAGGCCGUGUCCACCAGGACUGCCGGUUUCGCGUCGGUCUCACUGGCCGACUUACAUGCCGCGAUUCAAGUCAGCUAUCUGAUCAUGAUGUACAUCUCCGUAUUUCCUAUCGCCAUAUCAGUGCGUAGGACGAACGUUUACGAAGAGAAGUCACUCGGCAUUUUCGGCGGCGAAGAAGAUGCUGGUGACGGAGAUCAAAGCUACGUCAGCCAGCAUUUGCGUAGGCAGCUAUCCUUCGACUUGUGGUACAUCUUCUUGGGACUAUUCAUCAUUGCUAUCGUGGAAGGUGAUCGCAUUGCUAAUACCAAUCAGCCGGCAUUCACGACGUUCAGUGUGUUGUUCGAGAUUGUGUCUGCAUACGGAACUGUCGGGCUUUCACUCGGCUAUCCCGACUAUACCCCUUCAUUCUCGGGACAAUUCAAGACCCUCAGUAAGCUCAUCAUCGUCGCGAUGAUGAUCAGAGGUCGCCAUCGUGGUUUACCAUAUGCGCUCGACCGCGCCAUCUUGCUCCCGAGCGAAAAGCUCCAGCAGAAAGAAGCUGCCGAAGCCGAGAGACAGAUGUUGCGCCGCCCCAGUACUUUUGCCGAAGGACAUCACGCCUUUACCAGAAGCAAAACGUGGGAAGACGGCGAGCUGGACAAGUGGGGCCUUCCUGCACAACACGCUGCAGCCGACCAGGCCAUGACGGCGGAUUCCGGCAGUGACCCGGAACACGCCGGUCUACGCCAGACCAACACCGGCCGCACAAACACAAGCCAGCAGGGCGGCAAACCACAUCAGAGAGUGAGAAGUCUUAGCAAGGCUAUCCUCAGCGGCUUGAACCCGGCACCGACUUUCAACAGCAAGUGGGACUAG